AUGUUAUCAAAUGCAGUCAUAGCUUUAUUACCUAGUGAACGUGAAAUAAAUAGGGAAGUUAAUAAAGCACGUCGUGCUGUAACACCAACGAUUCCAACAACACAACUCUUUGAUCUGCCUGAUUUUUACACUAAAGCAUUACGGAAUAAUGAUUUUUUAAAAGCUGAUAAAUUCAUUAAUAGACGGCAGAGAAUAAUUUUAUUUGGAUCUCAUGAACAAUUAAAAAUGCUUUUUUCUGUUAAAGUAAUUCUUAUGGACGGUACAUUUUCUGCUUGUCCAAAAAUAUUCGAUCAGAUUUAUACAAUACAUUGUAUUAAAUAUAAACAAUGUCAGUAA